UGUUUUUGUUUCGGUAGUAGUUACUAGUUAGACUUCAAAAGUUAGGCACCAUUGUUGUUUGGUUAAAGUGUUAGGAGAGGUGUUGAAAUCAAGAAUACUAGUCUGAAUGCGGAAGCAUUCUCUGUUUUCCUUCCCGACCCGCUGUCGCCGGUUUUUCUGCCAAUCGAUUCCCCACGACCUAUACGAUCCGCCGUUCUCUCCCUCUAGAAAAGGAGAUUGUCCCCCAAAUGUACCUCUGAAAUCGCAUAAAAAAGGAGAUGGUUCAGCGAAUGCACCUCGGAAAUCGGAUCUUCCCUUCCACUUCAGAUACUCGUAUUCCGAAACCAACCUCUCCAUUAAACCCAUCAGCUUCCGCGAAUCACCCAAAUUCUCUCCCUUCGGACCAGGCCGCCUCGACCGCAAGUGGACAGGCACAUCUGCCCCACUUCAGCAUCAAGUCGACCUCAACAGAAUUCAAGAGGAGCGUAACAAGAUUCUAGGAGCCCCACUAGAGGACCAGGAGGUGUCCGAAUUGGUUGAGCGCUACCGCCACAGCGACUGCUCUAGACAAAUCAAUUUGGGUAAAGGUGGAGUUACUCACAACAGUUUGGAUGACAUUCAUAACCAUUGGAAAAAGGCUGAAGCUGUGAGGAUUAAGUGCUUGGGUGUGCCAACUCUAGAUAUGGACAACAUCUGCUUCCAUCUUGAGGACAAAUCUGGUGGCAAAAUCAUCUACAGAAACAUCAAUAUACUCCUCUUGUACAGAGGACGACAUUAUGACCCCACUAAACGGCCGUUUAUACCGCUUAUGCUCUGGAAGCCUUAUGCUCCGAUAUAUCCUAAGCUUGUCAACAAUGUCAUCCAAACUUUGACGCAUCACGAGACUAAAUUAUUGAGAAACAAGGGACUUAACUCUCAUCCUCUCAUGAAACUCACCAGGAAUGGUGUUUAUGUCAAUGUGGUGGAGAGGGUCAGGGAAGCUUUUAAGACUGAGGAGGUUCUUAGACUGGACUGCACUCAUGUUGGUAUGUCUGACUGCAAAAAGAUUGGAGUCAAACUAAGGCAUGUUUCUCUCCACAUCCAGCUGUGAUUCAAUCAAUUGCACUUUCUCCGGUGAGAUUCAUUUUUGAAACCACCGUAGCCACAUUCAGAAUCCUCGGGCGAGCAUAAAUGUCUUUGAUACAAUCACCUCCGAAAGCUCUACAACUUUCCGCUACAGUUCUGAAGUUUUUAUUGUUUUUCUCUAGUACAUCCACCCAUUGUAACAAGCUUAAAACUUUGUAAGUUUGAGCUUAAGGAAGAGUGUUAAAAUCAAAGAAUCAAAUCCAAAUAUUUAUUAUUAGGAUUGGAGUUUAUUAUUAAAUUAGAAUUAGCUAGUAAUAUCAAUUAGUCUUUAUUGUAUUUAUUCUAUAUACUAUUGUAAAUAGAGGUGAGUGUAGUCUGACACAGAGAAUCAGAAAUUCGAAUUUGGCGAUGGAUCAAUAUCUACUCCGGGUGAGGAUGAUCCCUUGUACCUGCAUUGCCUCUGCAAAAACAACAUCCUGGUUUGUUGGAUGAUCAAUUCCGUCACCAAAGAACUCAUAUCCAGUGUUAUCUACCCCAACAUUUGAAAUGAUUUUUACCAUCUAUUUCAAUAAUGGCGUGAUAUACAUGCAUGCUCUCAAGAUACUCUUUCUGUUAGCAGUUACGACUCCAAAGUGAAAUGCCUUCGGUAAGAACUUGCACAAUUCCUGGUUCACACCUGUAAUUCUGGCGGUGUACAACUACUAGUGUUUCAUCUUCAAUCUGAACAUUCCUUGAUUUUCCUCGCGGGGCUUAUUGAGUCCUUGUGUCAAUUUCGAGGACUAAUACUUGUUAUGGAUCAUUUUCAUCCAUUAAUUCCGUUUUGCUCCUACACAGGACGACACAGAUCCGCACCUAUAUACCGGAUAGUUCAUUCAUCAUUUUUACUCAAGGAAUAUUGAAUCAAUUUCUUUCACUUUCUCUCACUUGAAUAAUGUCUGUAAAGUUCAAUGCUCUUAAUCUUUAGAAUGAAAAUAAAAUGUGCAUGCUGUGCCUAAUGUAUUUAAA